UAUGACAUGGCAUACUAGGAAGUCCUUCCACUGAAGUGGAUAGCUGUUCUUUUUCAUCCACGUUUGCAUACAUCUAUGGCCACAUCGUCCGUGAAUUUCGAACAUAUUUUUUUAUUUGUUUUAUGUUUACGAGCAUGUGGUUUGUCCCAGUGCAAAGACAUCCGAAACUCUUUGGAUGAAGACCUGUUGUUGCCAUACACCAAAUCCCACGGCCCAUCACACUCCCAUCGCCAUGUGAGGGACUGUCAAUCCAUCGCUCAUGGCAACGUAACCCACGAAACCUGGGCAGCAAGCAAGCACUCUAACUCUCCAGUGGUCGAGUCCAAGAUAUUCGUCUCCAGCAUCCCAGAUGACACUGGCACUGCCAGAUGGAAAAGUGGCCACAUCACAGUGGUUCAUGACCCACUAAGAACUGUGUCCAUACUGGAGCCAGGUGGUCCUGGAGGGUGCGAGCAGAACCACAAAGAGCUAGUGGAGGUCACCGCCAAAACUAAAAAGUGCCUUGUUGCUCAGAAUGGAGGCUUUUUUAAAACUGACACGGGAGUGUGCUUAGGCAAUGUUGUGAGUGAUGGGAAACUGGUGAGGAACAGUGGUGGAGUUCAAAAUGCCCAGUUUGGCAUCAGAAAGGAUGGAACGCUAGUGUUUGGGUAUCUGUCUGAGGAAGAUGUUCUGGACCAGGUCAACCCCUUCAUACAGUUGAUCAGUGGGGUGGUGUGGCUGCUGAGAGCUGGUGAGAUCUACAUACAUGAAAGUAUCCAGGCAGAGUGUGACAAAACUCAGGAGACCGGAAAAUUUCAGUACUUUGUGGACGUGGUGUCGGCUCGCACUGCAGUGGGUCACGAUGCAGAGGGAAAGCUCAUUCUCUUUCACGUCGAUGGUCAGACGGGUAACAGAGGAAUGAAUCUCAGGCAAGUGGCAAAGUUUCUAAAGGAUCAGGGCGUCAUCAACGCCAUCAAUCUGGAUGGAGGUGGCUCGGCCACCUACAUCCUCAAUGGAUCCCUAGCCAGUUACCCCUCAGAUCACUGUACAGGUGGGAUGUGGUGCUGUCCACGGGCCGUAUCCACUGUGCUGUGUGUUCAUGAGAGGCUGUGCCAGCUGGAGGACUGCAGCGGGCAUGGACGCUGCAUAGAUGGUCAGUGCGAGUGCCAGCAGGGCUGGAGCGGACCUGGAUGUGCAAAUCUCACAUGCCAGAGCCCAGAAUGUGGCGAUCAUGGGAUCUGCACUGAGAAUGGGUGUGUUUGUGAUUCUGGAUGGAGGGGUUUAAACUGUAGCCAAGUAUGUGAGUCAGGUUUCUAUGGCGAUGGAUGCAAUCAAUCAUGCAAAUGCGCAAAUGGGGGCUCAUGUGAUCCAGUUCACGGACAGUGCACCUGUCGUUCUGGUUUUCAUGGAGAUUCCUGUAAGCAAGAGUGUCUUUUCGGCUUCUACGGGCUGAACUGUGAGCAGCCGUGCCAGUGUGAGAACAUGUGCCCGUGUGACUCUGUUACUGGGAGCUGUAAUACUACAUAUGAGGGGGAGAGAAACAUCAGCCUGCACAGAGCUGGUCACUGUUUGGCUACCCAGUUGUGGAGGGAAUGGAGGCAUGUAGAGGAAAGUCAAACUCCCAGACCCUAUUUAUCUGAACAAAGCUGGUUGGUUGUCUGCGCUAUCCUGGCAACGUCGCUGCUGGCCAGCCUCGCCGGUAACCUAAUCCAGACGUGCAGAAAAUGCAGAGCGCGCGGACAGAGAGAGGGCUACUCCUACUUUCCAUUGGGAGAGAUCAACGGGGCCGCAGAGCGUGGCAGAGGUCAGAGGACAAAGCCUGGGAAAAAUAUCUUUCAGGCAGAAGACUCGGACUCCUCAUAAUGGCAAAGUGCGUGCGAAUGUGUGCACGGGUUCACACCACUGUGCCAAACACCAGAGGCCAGAGUGCCUCAAUAACUACACCUGGCUGGGCAAUUUCAAGACACUGACUGGCAGAGAGAUGUAGGCAAUGUGUCAUGGGCCCCAUCUACAUUAGCACAAGCACUUUUUCUUCUAGGGGAGGAGGAAAAAGGGUUUGCUUAUUCUUGCUGUGAAUCGAUGAGCUUUUGGAAAGCUCUCGUCGUAGCUGGAGCGGGACCAUCUAAACUGAAAAUGAGGGACAAUGAAAUGGGCGUUAGAAUCCAAACAGCUGUCCGCUCGACUCCACAAAUUCCACAUUCACCCCAGCUGAGCCUAUAACCUUGAGCCAGCUCUGUUCACACAUGCCAAGUGCGCUGGUUGUGCAGUGCGACUGAAUUAUGCAUUUGUUUGUUUGAUGUUUGCACGUUGACUUCAUAGCAGCUGGUCGCAAUACAAGGAUUGGUUUCUUAUGUAAUUCACGAUUCAAACCAUGCUGAAAGUAUUAUAUCAUUGACCUCAAUAAAACCUUUCAUUAAGAUAACCAAGAUAAAUAGCAAUAUCACCACAAAGCCUUUUUAUUCAGUGUAUGGGUUCCACCCGUUGCCAUGGGAUCAGACUAGUUUUGAACUAUGAACCCAUUUUUUUGCGAAAUCCUUCCUGCAUGAACUUGCCAAACUGCUAUUUUGAAACAUUUUUAUUGAAAGAGGUUUUUUCCUUUUUUCAUCAGAGGUCAUUCGGUUAUCCAACAUCGUCCCUUUUGUUUCCGUAAAAGCUUUGCCAACCCUUGCCGGUCUUAUGGUGCUUCUCUGUUUUGCAUGUUGUCCCCAGACAGUUUAAAUCAGACGUUAUAAAAAAAUCAAGGCCUGGAUUGUUUUCUCAUUCUGCAGUUAAGAAAGAGUUUUAAAGCAGUAAAUCCAGAUUUUGGGGUGAGAUUUGAGUAAUAUGGUUCUGUUUUAGCUCUGCAACAUGACACAUCGUAUGGAAGAGGAACAUUUAUUUGAGACGGUUUUACAGUUGGUUCCCCUGCUGUUUCCUGUUUGGCGUCAUAAAAAAGAUUUUUGGCUCGUCUCUGUGGUUUGAAGAGGUGGUUUAGAGAGGUUCUGUGAGUAAAAACAUACAGGGGGUGCAGUGAAUUUUUCCAAACUUGUCACAUGAACGUACAGGUCCAAAAUAAAAAUAUAUUUAGGAAAUAUUUGUAUGUUUGGCGCACGUUGCCAUAACAUUAAGGGGUAGUUCACCGUUUUUGUUUUUUUAAGAUUGUUGGGAACCAAACAACACUUGCCCCCAUUGACUUCCCUUGUAUGGACACAAAACCACAUUUCUCAAAAUAUCUUUUACGUUUUGAACCCCAUGAAGCCACAUACUGUAAAUAAUGACAGAAUGGUGACAAAAAGGAUUUUUGGUAAGACUUUAUUUUACGGUCCCUUGUUACGCAUGUGACAUGUAUUUACUAUAGUAUUUACUAUAAAUUAUGCACAAUUACAUGUAACUAACCCUAAACCAAACCCUAAUCCUAACCCUAUAGUAAGUACAUGUAGUUCAUUUUUAUUACUCAUGCUUGAAUGUAUAAUUACACUGUAACACGGGCACUGUAAAAUAAGUGUAACCAGAUUUUUUAUUUUUGGGUCACCUGUCCCUGUAAGGUAAAUUUACUGUUUUUUUUUUAUUUAAACAUUUUUAGAAAUCAUAAUGAUAAAAAUAUACAUUUUUCAUGAUGGAAGAUUGUACUUCUUUUUAAUAUAAGGUGAUUUAAAGAAAAAAGUAUUGGACUACAUUUUAUUGUCCAAGAUAUUUCUUUUCCUUUUAAUUUUGUGGUGAAAUGUAACUUGAACAUGUUUUUGUGAGAUCCAACUAAAAUGUGUUAUACUGAAGACAUAACAAAAGGUGUUUGUCUGCAGCUUGGUACAUUUGACUGUUUAUUAACUUCCACCUGGCUCACUGCCUGCUUUGCAUAUGAUCCUCUGCGAAUUACCUCUGAGCCGUAAGUGUAAAGCAGCCGGGCACAAAGACCUCAAUCCAGUUUUUGAUAUAGUUUUUGAUUUCAAUGCAAUCCAGCAAACAGAUGCUGCAGGGGUUAGAGAGGGUGCUUCAUCGCCUCGCUCUGGCCCUGAUGCUAAUAAGUGUGGUGGAGGUAAUCUCGCCACUCAUUUUAAGCAAUUGAUUUUAUGUGUUGCUUUUGUUAUGCGACAAGCAGAACGGUACAUUCGGUUUGUUGUGCAUUAAUUGAAUGUGGCUAUUAUGGUAAUCAUGGAUAUGAGUGUUAGUCAGCCUUAUUUUCUAAUGCUAAAUGAAUAAAAUGUAAAUUUUCUUAUGGAUCACUUUA